UCCAGAGCGCACGCGUUCUCAACUUUAGUUCUUUGCGAGUGGCCAACGCGUUCGGUUCGCUGCGUGUACGAAGUUUUAAAGAAAACGUUAAACGGACAUAAAAGUGUAAAAAAAAAAAAGAAAACAGAAGAGCAGAAGAAGAACACAUAUCUCUUCCGCUCUAUCUUCGACAUACGGUGUGCGUGCUAGCCGGCCAGUUUUAUCAAGGAGCAACAAGCUAAUCAUCAAUCACUCAAUUCAACAUGGCCAACGCUGAGAGCCAUCUAUCGGGCAGCUGCAAAGCUGUUCCUGCCAGAUGUUAUAACAGGAACAGGUCACAUAUCCCCGCAUCGCUGUCGCCGUCGUCGCUGCUGUUGUUGUCGCUGCUGCUCGUGACGCUGACAGCGCUGCCCACUUUGUGCUCGGCACUGACUUCCGAGUCAACAACCCUGCCGUCAGUGGACGCUGAGGAAGUCACCACGCUAAACCCACCACAGCAGCCAGUGAACGAAGCCCAUGUUGAGCCAACUGUUGCCGCUGUUGGCAACGAAACGAACGUUCGGCUCGAGCCCGAGCCCGAGCCCGAGCCCGAAGAGACGGCUGCUGCCGAAGUUGCCGAUGAAUUUGCCCACACCAGCUUCGUGGCGCUGGGCGGCGAGGGACUGGAGCAGGGCAUACGCAAUGCGGUGAAGAGCGAGGUGGAGUCGGAAAUCGAAGCAGAUGCCUCUGGUCUGGUGGAAACGCUGCAGGUUGACCACAAAGAGGACGAGCACAAGACAACAAGCAACAACGAGGAGCAAACAGAUGCAGCUCAAGGUGUACGUGAGCCGAAAACUCUGGCAACGGAUGUGGAGAAGAUUGAGGACAGCGACAAGCUUGAGGAGAAACAGAAAGUGUCCGAACUUGAGGCCGUAAAGAAGGUUGAAUCAACUGAGAUCGACUCCGAGUCGGAUAGUACUCAAGAGUCUGUGGAAGCUAAGGAACCAGAGAAUGCCCUGAAGUCGAACACACUAGUUGACAGCUCUCCGGCGGAGAUCAAUCCGGUGGCAGCAGAGAGCCGACCGCUGCCCAGUGUGACCAGCGAUUUGGUGGCCGUGAUCUUCGAUGAGAAUCGCGCGAUUACCGAGCAGCCCAUAACGAAAACGAACCUGUUAGCCCUGGAGCGGGAGCACGAGGAAUUCCGCGAAGUGGAAACAACGCCACAGCCCACAUUCGAAGUGCCCAAGCAUCAGGUGACCAAAAAGCAAGGUGUCGAGGACCUGCUGCCCGAGGAGAAUGCCGAAAAACAGGCUGAGCCGCAGUCAGCACCGGAAUUGGAAGUGCAACAAGCUGAGAAUGGCAGAGACGAGCGCAAUCUGGAGACUGCAGCGGAGAGCACAACGGAAGCAUCCGCUCAAGAUCAGCUGAAAGAUUUGGCUGUAGAACCCGCAGCUUCGAGCACCGCCGAACCGGAUUAUGUGGCGCCAACGGAGGCAACGCCGGAGCAGGCUGCCCAACCCGUUGUGACCCUGCCGGAGGAAACUUUGACGCCCGCGGAAGGCGAGCCAGAUCAGUCGGAAGAUGAAGAGAAACCCGAUCUGAAGGAGUCAAGUGGAGGCGAGUCAAGCUCUGUCAGCUCCACGGCUUCGCCGACAAGAUCUGAAACGGUUAAGGCUGAUGAAUCUGUCGAGGAUGAUAGCGGAGAUGAGAGCGAUGCCGAGAAGGCUGAAUCGGAGACGGAGCAAGGCGCUGUCGAGCCCGCUGACAAGGACUCCUCCGAGGAGUCCGAGGAGCUGUCGGCAGAUGAGCCGAAGGCCCGAGCCGAGGACAGCACCGCAACGCCGCUCGUCUCCUAUCCGCCGCACAAUGCGGGCCAGACGUUUGUCAGCAAUCUGGCCGACGAGCGCAGCGCCCAUCUCUCGCUGGCGUCCAGCAGCCGCUCCACGCUGAUCAUUGCACUGUGCUCCGGCACCGCCGUGCUCUUCAUUGUCAUCUCGCUGGUCAUAUUCGUGUUGUCGUUCCAACGCCAGCACGGCACACUGGACAUCGAGAUGCAGGAGCAGCGUUUGGGCAAGGACGAUCUGGACCAGGAGGAUGCGCAGAUGAAGCUGCUCGAUGUGGAGCUGUCGCCGCCCGUUAUCAUUGCCAUGGGCAACGAGGAGACCGACGAAUGUCUCUAGACCUACCGCCCGGAACGCUUCUACGGCGCAUUGUAAAUACUUUAUAACAUUGAGAUUGCGUUUUACUUCUUUUUUUUUUAAGCGAAGCAGCACGGAAUCCUCGCGCUAGCUUCUUCAACUGGUUGUUAAACUUUCGACUCCAAAUUAUGCGUAGAAUAUCAACAUAAAAAAAGAAAAACGAAUAAAAAACAUUUGCCAUAUUGUUUAAUCUUAAGUGAAUACUUUUCUCUAAGUUUUGCCCCGUUCAAGAAAACUCGAGCAAUUAUUUAUCACUAGGACUUUGAUCUAGAUUUAAGCACAGUUUUAAUGCGACUCUGAUUGCGAGUCAGAAUAAAUAACAUAUUAUCAACUAA